GGUAUGCUUGGCUUGUUAGUCGUGACCAAUAUUUCGUAACGUUGAGAUACAUUUUGGUGGAAAUAAGAAAUUAGAUCUUUUUAUUUUUAUAGGAGUUGUAGAGCUUGUAGUAGGCAGGACAUCAUUUAAAUUAAGUGCCAUGUUGAUCGUGGAGCCAGCCGACGAGCUAAUUCUCGAAGGGCCCUUCAAUCGAGCCGUUUGCAAGAAAAUUAUGGUUUUCAAUCCUAGCAAGCAGAAGCGCGUUGCGUUUAAACUGAAAACAACAACGCCGCGUUUGUUCUUCGUGCGGCCCAACGUUGGUCUCGUGCAGCCCGAGGAGAAGAUCGCCAUUGAUAUAUUCGUCCAUCCGGUCUCAAAUGACAUUUAUGCGCAUCGCCACAAGUUCAUGAUGCAGGCAGCCGAUGCGAGCGAUCCGAUUUGUGAUUUGCACGAGUUCUGGAAGAAUAUCAGUCCAUCAACCAUCUGGGAUACCAAGCUAAAAGUCAAAUUGAUCGAUAGCCAAGUGGAAGGUGUUCAAAAGUCGUAUUCAGACAAGAUACAAAAUAUUAGUGAGCAUCAGGAUAAGGAUAACUUGGAUCCGUUGACAAAUCUACUGGAACAAGUGAAUGUGCUAGAAGAAGACCGCCAACAUUUGAUGCAACAGGUCGAGACGAUCACCAAAGAAAAGGACGAGCAGCGUGAGUUAUUAGAUAUAAAACUGCAGAAGCAGAAGGGAAGUGGAUUCUGGAUAUUUGUGGCCACAGUUGCUAUGCUGCUUGCUGCCAUUGUAGGUGGAUGGGUCGCUAAAAAAUUCAUGUAAAAAGAUUCACGCAUGAAAUGUGCCAUUAACGCAAUACACAAUACUUUAAAUAAAAUGUACAGCGCGCCAACUUGUUGAGAUGUUUGC